AUGAAGACUCUAGGGAUCAUUGGCGGUUCUUCGCCCGUUGCUACCGUUGAAUACUACAGAAUAAUUAAUGCUGGUAUUCAAAAGCGUCUUGGUGGCGUUAGUUCUGGAGAGAUUAUCAUCAGCUCGAUCGACUUCGGGAAGGCAAAUGAUUUUAUUGCCAACGAUCAAUGGGAUGAAGCCACGGUUUACCUCAACAAGAAGGCAAAAGGCCUCGAGCAGGCUGGCGCUGAACUGAUCUUAUUUGCUGCUAACACGUGGCAUAAGGUGGUGGAUGGGUUUAUGAAGGACGUCCGGAUUCCCUUUUUGCAUAUUGUUGAUCCAACGGGACGAGCAAUACAGAAGGCCCAUCUAAAGAAGGUUGCCUUGCUGGGAACUAAGCCGACGAUGGCCUACACUUUCCUGUCACAAAGGUACACCGCGAAAUUUGGAAUUGAGAUUCUUGUGCCAUCGCCUGAAGAGCAAGAUGUCAUCAACAGGAUAAUUUUCAUAGAGCUUUCUCAGGGCAACUUCAGGUCAGAUUCCAAGGCAUACUAUUUCAAAGUUAUGGACAGGCUUGCGGAAGGGGGCGCUCAAGGAGUCAUCUUGGGAUGUACAGAAAUCCCCCUUUUAAUCAAUCAAGCCGAUAGACCGGCUCUUCCAAUGUUCGACUCAACGACACUUUUCGGGGCCAAUUCACCCAAUCCAACUUCCCCAGUAGAGACGUUAAGUCGCGCUCAGGAAGACGGUCUCCGGAGCGACGACUCUGAAGGCAUCUUUCAAGGCGUCCCUUUAAGCAUUGGAUUGCUAACUCCAGUUUUGCCUAGGCACGCCGAAGCUGCAGUUCAAGCUAUGCUUGAAGAAUGA